AUGCGGAGAACAAGUUUUAUUGCAACGGACCGUUCAAUCAAAAACAGACUUUAUACCAGUAUUCGCAACCCUCUGCCUUACAAUGUUGUUAUGAGAGUAUUAAGUACAGAUCCUGAGAGGAUACAUAUCUGGCCUUCCAAUUCAAUAAUUCCUGGGGGUGGUGCUAUGGACAUCGCAAUAAAUUUUGAGCCAAUAUCAAUUUUUAGGAAGGAGCGAAUUCUAGUUAAAAUCAUAAAUCUGCCCCAAAUUUCCUUGAGCUUCAAAUUUCUCAAAUGUUUGUGGAUGCGCCGUUUUAUUUGA